UCAACAGCAAAAAAUUAUCGAAGUUUAUAAACAAUUGUUAUAAUUGACAUACGAAAUUCGCAUUAUGCGAACCCACACCCACAGUUAGUACAGGCUGACAGUAUCGCCUGCUACGGAUGAAGAAGUCCGGAGCUGUCCAGACUCCAGAAGUUAAAGUGAACGUAGUUACAUACUUCGAGGAUCGCGACCGUCCUCGCGCGUGCAGUGCGUGCACCUUGCUUCCGUAUAUACUUAGAGAACGCGCGUGCAUAUAUGUGAUAGCAGUUACGACUGUUGUACGAGUUACGAGAUUACCAGUGCCUAAUCAUCAAUUACCACAGGAAAAGAAAGGAAGUGAGUGCAAUUGUGCGGCGAAGAAGAAAGACAAAAAAUGUGCCGGACCUGGAGGAUCCGACUUGGCUUCCUGGUCGCCUGUCUAGUUUUGUUAAGCACCACCAGCCACGCCGACGAGCACAAUCACAUUUAUGAUGAACGUGAUGAAGUGGUUUUAUGGAUGAGUACAGUUGGCCCAUACCACAAUCGACAAGAAACUUAUUCCUACUAUUCCUUGCCUUUUUGUAAGGGGCCUAAAGAAGUAAUAAGCCAUUAUCAUGAAACACUAUCCGAAGCUUUGGAAGGUAUAGAGCUCAAAAUGAGUGGAAUCGACAUUGAGUUCUUAGUACCCGUUCCAAAACAAAAGUAUUGUAGUGUAAAGUUAGAUGCUACAAAAUACAAGGAUUUUGUGUAUGCAAUUAAUAAUCAGUAUUGGUACCAAAUGUAUAUGGAUGAUUUACCAAUUUGGGGUGUAGUAGGAAAACCUGAUGACCGCAAUCCAGACACUUAUUAUAUUUGGACGCACAAAAGAUUAGAUAUAGGCUAUAAUGGAAAACAAAUUAUAGAUGUAAAUCUAACAAGUGAAUCAAAAGUCGAACUCAAACCAGGAAAAACAAUACCCUUCACUUAUGAAGUUAUUUGGAAAAAAACCAAUACUCUAUUCAAGGAUAGAUUUGAUAAGUACUUGGAUCCUUACUUCUUCCAACACAGGAUUCACUGGUUCAGUAUUUUUAAUAGUUUUAUGAUGGUUAUAUUCCUUGUUGGACUCGUUUCCAUGAUUCUAAUGCGCACUUUGAGAAAAGACUAUGCAAGAUAUAGCAAAGAUGAAGAAAUGGACGAUAUGGAGAGGGAUUUGGGUGAUGAGUAUGGUUGGAAACAAGUUCAUGGUGAUGUGUUCAGACCAGCCAAUCAUCCCAUUCUCUUUUCCGCACUUAUUGGAGCCGGAUAUCAAAUAACAGCUGUAGUUCUAUUUGUGAUCAUUUUUGCAAUAGUGGGAGAACUUUAUACCGAGCGGGGCUCAAUGCUGUCUGCCGCAAUAUUACUCUAUGCAAUCACUUCUCCCAUAAACGGUUAUGCCGGUGGUAGCCUGUAUGCUCGAAUGGGUGGCCGAGUUUGGAUCAAGCAGAUGCUGCUGAGUGCUUUUAUGUUACCGGUUUUAGUCUGUGGAACAGCAUUCUUCAUCAACUUCAUUGCUAUUUACUAUGCCAGCAGAGCUAUUCCAUUUGGCUCCAUGGUCGCUGUAACGUGCAUUUGUAUUUUUGUAAUUCUACCAUUGACACUUGUCGGCACGGUUUUUGGUCGCAAUCUGUCUGGAACGCCAGAUGCUCCCUGCAGAGUAAAUGCAGUACCUCGACCUAUACCCGAAAAAAAAUGGUUUAUGGAACCAAUGAUUAUAAUCAUGCUUGGUGGUAUUCUGCCAUUUGGAUCAAUUUUCAUUGAAAUGUAUUUUAUUUUUACAUCCUUUUGGGCAUACAAGAUAUACUAUGUCUACGGUUUCAUGUUGCUUGUAUUUAUUAUACUGAUGAUAGUCACUGUGUGCGUGACCAUUGUUUGCACAUACUUCCUUCUGAAUGCAGAAGAUUACAGAUGGCAAUGGACUAGUUUUCUUGCGGCAGCUUCAACGGCUGGUUAUGUUUACCUUUAUUCGUUUUACUAUUUCUUUUUUAAGACUAAGAUGUACGGCCUCUUCCAAACUACUUUCUACUUUGGUUACAUGGCAAUUUUCAGUUUAGCUCUGGGCAUUAUGUGCGGCACAGUUGGUUACACGGGCACCAGUGCUUUUGUGCGGAAAAUUUAUUCCACUGUCAAAAUAGACUAAAUCCUAUAAAUGUCUACAAUUUAUCACAAGAAUCUUCACCGCUGUAUUGUCACACAAAUUAAAAGACUCAGCAAAGAGACAUUCAGUUUGGCCAUUUACAGUGGGACUCGUUAUUUUUUAUUCAUUGUAAUCUAAUACUACUUUAGUGUUUCGAAGAAUUUCAAAAUAAUAACGCUAGUCAAAAACCAAGAUUUUAUUGACAAUGAUUUGUACAGUUUGUUAAUCAUACUGCUUCCAGAGAGAGGAAAAAAUAUAAAUAAGUCCUACUGCAAAUGCUAAAAAAGACAAUACGUCGUUUGACUAAAUAUAGGUGAAAAUAAUCACGAAGAUAUUCAAGAUUUAUUACGUGUCUUCGUAACAACAUUGCACGGGAAAGGACUGCGACAGAUGUUUAUAGAAGUGUCUGAAUGACGUUAAAAUUUCGAUCAGCAAACCGAGAAAUAAAGAAGUAAUAACUAAUGUUAAUAAUCGAGUUUAGUGUAUGAUGUAAAAAAGUGUGAAAAUGAGAGAGAAUGAUAAGCGCUGUAAUAAAAAAAAAAAAAAAAACAAUUAAAUAAGUUAUUUACAAACGUCCGUAAGUAUCGAGUUUGUUACUAUAAUUGCCUUGGUGUGCACCAAACGGAAAAAAAUUCAUAGACUUAGUAAUAACAACUUCUUGUAUUGAAUGGCAGAUUCAAAGGUAGUCUACGAUUUACUUUCCGUCCGAUGUAUGUAUCAUUUUUGUUUCCCUCACAAGAUAUCUAAGUAUUAUCGCCUUGAUGAAUUUAUAGAUGUCGAUCAUUACACAGUCAAGCCAAUUCUCAACAUUAUUUCCUACUUCUUGAAUGUUUUAAUUAUAAAAUAUUCAAAGAGCAACGACAGUGCUACUGAAAUGCUUGAUACAAAUUAAUUUUUAUUUAAAAAAAAAAAAAUAACUCAUACUGAUUUUGUAAUUAACUCGUUGAAUAAAAGUUUAAAAUGUUUUUUUUUUCUUAGAGUAGAAACGUCCUUUAUUUGGAUUAAUUAAUUGAUGCAAUAUUGGGACAAACAGCUUCCCACAUAAUUUUUAGUCAUGUAAUAUUUUUCUAUUUUUAAGACUAAGCGAUAUUUUAAUUUGGUGCUGUUAAUAUUGCAAGAUUUACUGCUUACUGUGACAUUCCUUUAAUAAAUCAAAGUAAAUUCACCCAAAUAUAGGGCUAUAUUUUUAGUUAAGGACAUACGUGCUUUAAAUACCUGUCAAAGUAAGUUGUAAAAUUACAAUAUUGACGAUAAAAAAAACAAUUAUAGGUGCACUGUGAAAUAGAACACGUAUUAAAAGAUCUGGGUGAAAACGUUUUUAUAAAUACAAACAAUUUUCUAAAAAUAAAGAAAAAACUAAAAUGUGUGUGCGUGAUGUAUAUGUAUUGUAUAGUCAAAAAAUUUUAUUUUAUUAGAGAAAGAGCAUGCACUUAGAUAUAAAAAUACGGUAUCACAUAUAAAAUCGAUAUUUGUCAAUUUUUGUAUGAUCGUUCAAGUAACGGUAAACAUUUAAUAAUAAUUCAGCUUUAUUGAAAUAAAAUGUUUUAAAUAAACAAGACGGGAUAUUGAAGCUAUUUAUCGAAUCUUGUUAACUUGUAAAAUUACUUAAUAUUGGAUUGCAGCUUCUUCGUUUACCUUCAAUUUAUUGCCUCAGUUGAAAAAAUCAAUGUAUUAUGUAAAUACGUGCAUACAGAUUAUCUUGUAAAAUAGCAAUAGUUGAUUUUUACUGUCAGAAAUAAAGCGUUGUGAUAUUUUUUCUUUCAAUCGCAAAUAGUUAACAGACACAUUUGAGAUAAAAUUUUUUUUAAUUUUCACAUGAAGCUCAUGAAUAAGUAUUCAACAAUUACCCAUAGUUAAUCUGUAAAUAAAUGAUGUUUCAAUUUAUUAUUUAGUUUCUGAUACAUUAUA